UCUGAAACACUCAAACGCACGUUUUCACUCCGUUUCCAUCGGGUUCUUCAGUUGCGUUUUGAUUGUCAAAGUGGACAUGGCUUCGUAUUUUCAGGUGUCCCCGAUCUUGUUGUGGAUCUUGUUCCACUUGGGUUCAACAUGGGCUGGCAGAUUCCCAAACUUCAGCUUGAUCAGUGCCAGAGAUCCCAGUCAAGCCAAAGCGUGGCCUGAUGUCAAAGAGCCAGCUUUGACUGACGCAGAGGCCGAGUCUUUUCGCCCAAUGUUCGAUGUCCAAUCCAAAUUGAGGAUGGGCCCCUUCAUUUAUCGAGGCCCUACUCAUAACAACGGCUAUUCCAGUGAGCAACCCAUUUACCGACCCUCAGAAUACCACCAACCAGACUCCUCCUAUCAACCUGAGCAACCAAAAGUCACACAAUACAGACCAACUUAUUCUCUACCUUCGCAACCGGAUGUGAGCGAACCGAUAUAUUAUCGUACCGUUUCCACUGCGCCUCCCAAAAUUACGAAAGUAGUUUACAAAGUGUCCAAAACAAUUCAUACCGAGGAACCCAGCACGACACCCAGCACUUCUCCAUACCUCCCUAUUCAAAGCAAGGAAGUCGAGGAUGAACCCGCCAUUCCUCCCUACGAGCCCAAACAGCCCGAGGGCAACUCCUUCUCAAGCACAUAUGCGCCGUACAUUGAGGAACCAACUACCACUACAACCACAACUACGACAACAACAACCACAACCACCACAACCACAACCGCAGCUCCUGUUUACUAUACAAUCGAGGCGGAAGAAGAGGAAGAGAUUCCCCCGCCCCCCUAUUACCCACAGUUUGGCAUGAAAGUCAAUCCCGCUCCUCAGAGUCCACCUUCACCGGCAAAUGUAAAUACCUAUAAGACAACCACUACUACUACUACUACCACCACCACAACCACAACUACGGAGGCAACCACUCGUCCGGUGAUCACGUACUCCAGAUAUUCGUUUAAAACCACCGAAAAGCCGCCAAGCAGCCCGAACUCAUAUCCAGUAUUCACUUACAAAACCACAGAGAAACCUCAAGAUCCAACCACAACCAGUGCUCAAGCCAUUCAAGUGAUCCCAUACCAAUCCACAUCCGCCCCUGCCCCAGUCGAAAGCAACCCUGAACCUCAGCCCACCCCUGGACCGGUUUAUUACAAAACCAGUCAAGAUGAGCCAGCUCAGCCUGCUCCUCAAGGUUCGGCGGAGGAAGAGGAGCCAGUUGAGGGAGAAGAUCAGUACCGGGUCGCUUCUCCGAGGUUCUAUCGCAACCUUCAAUAAGAUAUCAUGAUUUUUUUUUAAUUGUUUAUUGUUAUCUUUGUUUUCAUGAUACUCCAAUUUUUAUAGAUGGGGAGAUUAUACACAUAAUAUUUUGUUGAAA